UCUCUGGGCCAGGCCUCGCGAGGCCUCUGGAACCGGAGCCUGAGCUGGAGUCGGUGCGGGCAGCCGCCUGGCUACAGCGCAGCGGGAGAAAGGCCUCUUGUAGACCCCUGGAGCGCCGAGGGUGGAGUGGCCUCGGGUGGCCUUGCCGAGGACCAGGACCUUGGGAGGAUCACGGUUGCCAUUGACUACCCGCCCAAAGCUGAGUUCCAUAGGGUUAGUUUCAAGAUGGACUCAACUCUAACAGCAAGUGAAAUACGGCAGCGAUUUAUAGAUUUCUUUAAGAGAAACGAGCACACUUAUGUUCACUCAUCUGCCACCAUCCCAUUGGACGAUCCCACUUUGCUCUUUGCCAAUGCGGGCAUGAACCAGUUCAAACCCAUCUUUCUGAACACUAUUGACCCAUCUCACCCGAUGGCAAAGCUGAGCAGAGCUGCCAAUACCCAGAAAUGCAUCCGGGCUGGGGGCAAACACAAUGAUCUCGAUGAUGUGGGCAAGGAUGUCUAUCAUCACACCUUCUUUGAGAUGUUGGGCUCCUGGUCGUUUGGAGAUUAUUUUAAGGAAUUGGCAUGUAAGAUGGCUCUGGAGCUUCUCACCCAAGAGUUUGGCAUUCCAGUUGAAAGACUUUACGUUACUUACUUUGGUGGGGAUGAAGCUGCCGGCUUAGAACCAGACCUGGAGUGCAAACAGAUCUGGCAAAACUUGGGGCUGGAUGACUCCAAAAUCCUGCCUGGCAACAUGAAGGAUAACUUCUGGGAGAUGGGUGACACAGGCCCCUGUGGUCCGUGCAGUGAGAUCCACUAUGACCGGAUUGGUGGUCGGGAUGCUGCACACCUCGUCAACCAAGAUGACCCCAAUGUGCUGGAGAUUUGGAACCUUGUGUUCAUCCAGUAUAACAGGGAAACCGAUGGCAUUUUGAAACCUCUUCCCAAGAAAAGCAUUGACACGGGGAUGGGCCUGGAGCGACUGGUGUCUGUGCUGCAAAAUAAGAUGUCCAAUUAUGACACUGACCUUUUUGUUCCUUACUUUGAGGCCAUUCAGAAGGGCACAGGUGCCCGGCCAUACACUGGGAAGGUUGGUGCUGAUGAUGCCGAUGGGAUCGAUAUGGCCUAUCGGGUCCUGGCUGACCACGCCCGGACCAUCACCGUGGCACUGGCGGAUGGUGGUCGACCUGACAACACAGGGCGGGGGUAUGUGUUGAGACGAAUUCUCCGCCGGGCUGUUCGAUAUUCCCACGAGAAACUCAACGCCUGCAGGGGUUUCUUUGCCACAUUAGUAGAUGUUGUUGUCCAGUCCUUGGGAGAUGCAUUUCCUGAGCUAAAGAAGGACCCAGAUAUGGUGAAGGACAUCAUUAAUGAAGAGGAAGUGCAAUUUCUCAAGACUCUUAGCAGAGGGCGUCGUAUCUUGGACAGGAAAAUUCAGAGCCUGGGAGACUGUAAAACCAUUCCUGGGGACACUGCGUGGCUCCUCUAUGACACCUAUGGCUUUCCAGUGGAUCUCACUGGACUGAUUGCUGAAGAGAAGGGCCUGGUGGUAGAUAUGGAUGGAUUUGAAGAGGAGAGGAAACUGGCCCAGCUGAAAUCACAGGGCAAGGGAGCUGGUGCAGAAGAUCUCAUUAUGCUGGACAUUUAUGCUAUUGAAGAGCUCAGGGAGAAGGGUCUGGAAGCAACAGAUGAUUCCCCGAAGUAUAAUUACCAUUCGGAUUCCAGUGGGAGCUAUGCAUUUGAGAGUGCAGUGGCUACAGUGAUGGCUCUGCGCAGGGAUAAGAUGUUCGUGGAAGAAGUGUCCACGGGCCAGGAGUGUGGAGUGGUGUUGGACAAGACCUGUUUCUAUGCUGAGCAAGGAGGGCAGAUCUAUGAUGAAGGCUACCUGGUGAAGGUUGAAGACAGCGGCGAAGACAAAACAGAGUUUACAGUGAAGAAUGCUCAGGUGCGAGGAGGGUACGUGCUGCACAUCGGGACCAUCUACGGCAGCCUGAGAGUGGGGGACCAGGUCCGGCUGUUUAUUGAUGAGCCCCGACGGAGGCCCAUCAUGAGCAACCACACAGCUACUCACAUUCUGAACUUCGCCCUGCGCUCUGUGCUCGGGGAAGCUGACCAGAGAGGCUCCCUGGUUGCUCCUGACCGCCUUCGGUUUGACUUCACUGCCAAAGGAGCCAUGUCCACCCAGCAGAUCAAGGAGGCUGAAGAGAUUGCUAACGGGAUGAUUGAGGCAGCCAAGCCUGUCUACACCCAGGAUUGUCCCCUGGCAGCAGCUAAAGCCAUCCAGGGCCUGCGGGCUGUGUUUGAUGAAACCUAUCCUGACCCUGUGCGAGUCGUCUCCAUUGGGGUCCCAGUGUCCGAGCUGUUGGAUGACCCCUCUGGUCCUGCUGGCUCACUCACUUCUGUUGAGUUCUGUGGGGGAACGCACCUGCAGAAUUCGAGUCACGCGGGAGCUUUUGUGAUUGUGAGUGAAGAAGCUAUUGCCAAGGGCAUCCGGAGGAUUGUUGCUGUCACAGGUGCGGAAGCCCAGAAGGCCCUCAGGAAGGCGGAGAGCUUGAAGAAAUCUCUCUCUGUCAUGGAGGCCAAAGUGAAGGCCCAGACUGCGCCAAAUAAGGAUGUGCAGAGGGAGAUCGCUGACCUUGGUGAGGCCCUGGCCACCGUAGUCAUCCCCCAGUGGCAGAAGGACGAAUUCCGGGAGAAUCUCAAAUCCCUGAAGAAGAUCAUGGAUGACCUGGACCGGGCUAGCAAAGCCGAUGUCCAGAAGCGAGUGUUGGAGAAGACAAAGCAGCUCAUUGACAGCAACCCCAACCAACCCCUUGUCAUCUUGGAGAUGGAGAACGGCGCCUCAGCCAAGGCCCUGAAUGAAGCCUUGAAGCUCUUCAAGACACAUUCCCCUCAGACAUCUGCCAUGCUCUUCACGGUGGAUAAUGAAGCUGGCAAGAUCACGUGCUUGUGUCAAGUCCCCCAGAAUGCGGCCAACAGGGGCCUGAAAGCCAGUGAGUGGGUACAUUGCGACUUCCGCCGCGCGCCCUUCGCCGGCCGCCGGCGCCGCGCGCCCCCGGGCGGCGGGGAGGAGCGAGAGCUGGCGCUGGCCCUGCAGGAGGCGCUGGAGCCGGCCGUGCGCCUGGGCCGCUACCCGCGCGCGCAGCUGGAGGUGUCAGCGCUGCUGCUGGAGGACGGUGGCUCGGCGCUGGCCGCCGCGCUCACGGCCGCCGCGCUCGCCCUGGCCGACGCGGGGGUCGAGAUGUACGACCUGGUGGUGGGCUGCGGCCUGAGCCGCACGCCGGAGCCGGCGCCCACCUGGCUACUGGACCCCACGCGACUGGAGGAGGAGCACGCCGCCGCCGGCCUCACCGUGGCGCUCAUGCCCGUGCUCAACCAGGUGGCCGGGCUGCUGGGCAGCGGGGAGGGCGGCCCGACCGAGAGCUGGGCCGAGGCAGUGCGUCUGGGCCUCGAGGGCUGCCAGCGGCUCUAUCCCGUACUGCAGCAGUGCUUGGUGCGGGCUGCCCGGCGGAGGAGCGCCGCCGCGCCGUCCUGAACCAGAAGCCUGAGCCACGACGGACGCCAAGGACCGAGCUGCCGCCGUCCCCUAAAGGACCUGUGCCGACAGCUUCCAGAUUGCACCGAGCUGAGAACUCCGAGGCCAGAAAGGAUCUGAGGAGGCGUGCACAGAACUGAUGGCACUGGACAGCUGUGUUGCAACGAUUUCAUUAAAGAAACGUUUCUACUUGAGCCGGUGCUUCCCAGCUCCGACCAAUUAGAGGAAACUUGGGAAUGCGGCCUCACUCCCACGUUGAAAAAGACUUCAGCUGGACUGGCCUGGAAAACGGGGCUUGGAGCUCUUGUCUUGUCAGGGAUGGACCCUAUGCAGGCCAGCUAGUGACUCCCUUUUAUAGAAUUGGCCUGCUCUUGAGAGAAUGGACAGGGGGCUGUGCCCUGUCAUUUAUAUCUGAGCUAAAACAAACUCCUUUAUAUCUGAAAAAGUCUUUUGUUGUGCUUCUUGUCAGUGGCGGACUUA